UGGCUUUUUGUAUUUCUAAUAAUGUUAAUAGAGAUAAUACAAUUUAGCGAAACAUUUAAAAUAAAAAAGCCAUUUAAAUUUAAACCACAUCGAAGACCGAAACCACAUUAUAGGCCCAGAUGGCAUCCCACGAGACAACAUAAACAUGGUUAUAAACCGCCACAAAAACUGCAUUAUUAUAAACACCAUAAUCCACAAUAUUACAGAUAUCCUCAUUAUGCUAACACGGAUUCCUUCGACAAUUAUCGCGCACAUCAGCCUUAUGAAAUAGAAAUAGAAUUACCAAAAGGAAUUGGAAAAUACAGUGAUCGAAAUUAUGACCGAAAUGCUUUUUAUGAUGACAGUUACAUAGAUGAGAGCGAUGACGAGACGAGAGUGUUUCAGGCUGGAAAAAGGAAAGUUAAAAUAAAGGUGAGCAAAGGAGCAAAACCAAAAUUGAAAAUCAAAAUAUCUAGAUCUGACAAUGUCAAGGAAAUAGACACUUCAAAUAAAUCAGAAGUUAUUCGCUCUGUAUUACAAUCAAAUGUCGUCCAGUCUCAACUUCACGCACCAGCUCAGAGUGAUUGGUUCCAUAUUAAUCCACCUCAAAUUUAUUUGAAGAAUCUCGAAAGAACGUGAAAAAAUGAUUCAAGUUUUUUUUUAAAUUCGGGUCAGUGAAUGUUACUUUGUUGAAAGAUAUGAAGCUUUUAUUUAUUUCAUUAAACUUAUGCGAAAGUGGUUUUAGUGUUUUU